UGCACUCCUCCAACGACCUAACAUCCACUGCACCGUUUGCAGUCUGCUACCCGCGCACUCUCGGCUUGCGACUGAAUAAUAAACCGGGGACGUUUCCUUCAGCGCGCCAGGAGAGUUGGAGAUCCGCAGGUAAUUGCAGUGCUGCUCCCACGUUUGGUCGACAUGCUGGGGAUCUGCGUGUGUCUUUGUGCGGUGUUCACACACGUCCUCUCUCAGGAGGCUGAGGAGCCGGUCUUCUACACAUGCACUGAAGGGUAUGAGUAUGACAGAGUCAGAGAGCAGUGCCGAGACAUCGACGAGUGUGCUUUGUUAGACGAUGCCUGCAAAGGAGGGAUGCAGUGUAUCAACCACUUUGGUGGAUACCUGUGCCUCCCCAAGAGCGCCGUCAUCUAUAUCAGUAAGGAUGGCGAGCAAGUGCCGCUGCCAGGAUCUGACCCUCCUGCCCCUGCUGUCCCUGCUGUCCCUGCCGCUCCACCAAGCCAGCCUUUGCUCCCAUGGUCUCCAGGCAACACGGGGGUCUCUCAACCCAGUCUGACCAUCCGCUGUACAUCCGGAUACACUGCAGAUGAGCAGAACCUCUGCAGAGACAUAGAUGAAUGUGCGACAGGUCGACACACUUGUGGUCCCGAACAGACGUGCUACAACACUAGAGGCUCCUACACCUGCCAGUGUCUUCCAGGCUUCCAGAAGAACGGAGACCACUGUGCAGACAGAGACGAGUGCGCCCUGACCCACUACUGCAUGCACAGAUGUGUGAACACGCAGGGCUCUUACUACUGCGAGUGCAACGCAGGUCACAAGGUGGCCAGCAACAACCACAGCUGUGUUGAUGUGAAUGAAUGUGAUGUGGAGAAUCCCUGUCAGCACCACUGCUACAACCUGAUUGGCUCCUUUCUCUGCCAGUGUGAACGGGGCUAUGAGCUGGCACAGGACACUGUCUCUUGCCAAGAUAUUGAUGAAUGCAGCUUCUCCAGCUACAUGUGUCAGUACCAGUGUGUUAACAGUCCAGGAAGUUACUCCUGUGAGUGUCCAGAAGGAUACCAGCUCCAGGGAAACAGAGUGUGUCAAGAAAUAAAUGAGUGUGAGACGGGGACCCAUAACUGCCACGAUGAUGAAAUGUGCUGGAACUAUUACGGAGGCUUUCGCUGCUAUCCCAGAGAUCCCUGUGAGGCACCUUAUGCCAAAACCUCUGAAAACCGCUGUAUCUGCCGGUCUCAGGCAGACUGCCAGGGUCUCCCACCAUCAAUCGUCUACAAGUACAUGAGCAUCCAGGCGGACCGGACGGUGCCAGCAGACGUCUUCCAGAUUCAGGCCACCAACAUGUACGCCAACACACAGAACACCUUCAGGGUCAAGGCGGGGAAUGAGGGGGCAGAAUUCUUCCUGCGGCGCUCCAGCAACGUGAGUGCCAUGCUGGUGCUAACCAAGUCUCUGUCAGGCCCCAGGGAGUACAUCGUGGACCUGGAGAUGGUCACUCACCAUAUGACCAUGAACUACCGCUCCAGUUCUCUGCUCCGGCUCACCAUCAUAGUCGGGCCCUACGCCUUCUGAAAGCCGCGACCCCCAGCAGCCCACAUAAGUCUGGUUCAGCAAACAUAGCAGUGUAACACAGCAGAUGCCUGCAUAACAUAGCCUACUGUACAGUUUCAUACAAUACAACAUAUAACAUAAGCUGUCCCAGACUCAUACAAAAGUUCCAAUAGGCUUGCUCAUGACAGCCCAGCCCGUGCUGUAAUGUAACCACUGGGCAUAUUUUUCUCUCAAGGUGCUGGGAAGCGUUGUAAUGAAGGGUUGUCAUGUCCUGAGAAAGCACACACUGUUUUUCAUCCACAGCACUUAACAUUCAAAUAUUUCUCAUCUUUAAAGUUUACAACACUUUUUUUUUUUACUUUAAGUGCCUGAAGUGGGCGUACGAAAGAUAAGAAAUAUGUUGGAUGUAGGCAUUUUUACUUUUGCUGCUUCCAUAUUAAACAAACAACUGGAAACAGAGCAGUGGCCCUCAGGAAAAGAGGCCUAGUGGACACACAUCCAAACGGUGAUGGAUUUCUGAUGCAGCUGUACUUGCGUGUAUCCCUUUGUUUCAGACCAGAACUCCUUUCAAUAACCUGUGUAUGCAUCAAUGAAGCGCUCUGUUGUAAGAAAGAGAGACAAAAUCAUAUUUUCUAUAUUAAUGUACAUGACAAAUAUCCAGUAUGAGCAGCUUUUGAUACAAAGAUAAUUGACUGAGCUUUUGUUGAUAAAUGUAGUCGGGGUUAGUGCUGCUGCACCACGCUGUUUGUGCAAGUUUCUGUAUAGAUUGGCUCAUGAUUAAUCAUUUCCAGAGAAGCCCAGAACAGUUCAGAGGUGGAAUGGGAGAGUUAGUUGAGAGAGAACUAAACUUUACAUGACGACAGGCUUGAUGCUCGUAGACCUUAGAGUGAAGUCUUGUACAUACCAAGGUAACAAACCUUUGUGUGUGUGUGUGUGUGUGUGUGUGUGCGCGCGUGUGUGUGUGCGUCUGUGUGUGUGCCUGCGAGCAAGUGAAAGUGUGAAACACAGAUGGGAGUCAGGGAAAGAGUGAGAAAGAGCUUGUUUGUGCCCUCAGAUUUAGUGGAUGUGCUUGAGCUGUUUGUGCGUUUCCGUGAUGCCCUCCUCGCAGACCUCGGUCACAGAGGCCAUGACAGAGUUUCUUUUUUUGUGUUAAACCCGAGAACACGCACAGGAAAUGGCGGCUUUCAUAACACACCUCGGCCAAUAGACCGCUCACUGGUGCCAUUCUCCAGAGGAACAGCUGGGCUUUCUCAUGUCGACCCCGGUCAAGAAGUCACACUGGCACCAGGCUCGCUUACGUGAUACACAUAAUCACAGUGCUUUGCCCUGGAGCCGGUUUCAUGUGUGACACAGGGGAUUAUUAAAGUGUAAAUACAAUGCCAGCACACUUUUGGCAGUAUGAGAAAUCUUUCACUACCUGCUUUGCCUUUCGUGACUGCGUGUCGGCUCUGGCUUAUUGCUGAAACACUGUACACUGCAGGCACUGAAAACCACACUGAAGACCAACAUGUUGUCGCCACUUCAAGUGUAGAAAGUUGUCCAUCUGUUCAUCAUUCAUAGGGCCUGAGAGGUAAAAACAAUGUAACACUAAUGUUAUCAUUCAUGCUGUCAAGACUUCCUUCACUGAAAUGCCUUAAUGUUUUUCUCUUCUAUUUAAAAUAUAUAUUUUUGUCAUAUGUAUCUUAUAUUGAUUGUACUCUGAAGAGCAUUGUUGAAUAAAAUAUGAUGGAUAAAUGGG